UUAGAGGCCAUGAUGGAUAACCACUCUAAGCGUUACCGCCACUGCCCUCCUGUACAUCAGGAAAGACCAAGAGUUAAACGUCACUCUGAGGCACCUCUUAAAGUCGACCAUGCCAAACAUGCACAUGAAAACCUAGAAGUGCUCAUUGUGGAAAUCCAGGACUUUGUUAUGCCAGAAAAUCUGACUACACCCUCUUCUUUGACCUAUGGAAGCUUACAGAACAUUGCAACACAUAUUAUUGGUGGACUACAGACUGGAGAACUUGAGAAGGCCGUACCUAUGAAUAUUGACUCAUUGAUGGUGAUUGAGCCAGCUCCUUGGAACAACAGCAGUGAUUCUGCAGGAAGCCAUAGUGCAGUCUACGUCAGGCCACAUGGGAUCCACGUUGCAGUGCAGCCAGUGGGAGGAACGGCUGGAGCUCCACUUCUUGUACAGCCCAAGGUUGUCUUCUUAGAUAUCAAGGGUAAUCGCGUUGUGAAUUUAGGACAUUUCUCCAAUCCCUGGAAAGUAUCUGUCUACCUCAAGGACUCUUCAGGAGCACCACUGAAGGGGAGCACUACCGUGGUAAUAGAAGAUGGAUGGGGAAACUUUUCCGACUUGGUUGUCUUAAGUUCCGGAUCAAACUGGUGCUUAAUAUUCAAUGUUACAUCACCCGCAGGGGUGGCAUUAUCUGUACUAUCCAAGACAUUCCAAGUCUCCAUUUCAAUGAGUGGCGAUAAAGAGAACAUCUUCCUGUUGGUCGUCCUGAGCUCGGCAGCUUCCGCUAUUGUUUUACUCCUUUUCGUUUGUUUUUUCUUCAAAAGGAAGAAGAUUAAAAGACUAAAAGAAAAUACAGUAAUGAAACCAAGAAGAUGACAAAUAUCGCAACACAGAAGAAUGGAUUGACGUAGAAAUGGAUGGUAGAGAGUUUCCUGAGCUUAAACAUUCAGGGAAUUGUGAUAUUUUUAACAUGUUCCUGACUGGAGUAUGGAAAAUGUGGUAACUUGAUGCACUUGAGUGUAAGACCAUGUUGCCUUGAGAAACCUGGGCUGAAGCUACUUGCACGGCUUGAUCCUGUAGAUUUCAUAACCAUUGAACUACAUAUUUUUCAUCUGUUUCCUUGGUUGGUAAAGCGGAAAGAGUUGUACAUUCCAUUUAAGAAGAUUUACUGGAAGAUGCCCAUAUACUAUAACUCUUGAUACCUAAUUUAGAUCAUUUUCUCACUUAAUACCUAUCUCCUCGGUUUGGGAAUGUCCAUUACAGAUCCAUGUAUUAUAGGAUUGAUUGCCUAUCACCGAUAAUUGUCCAUUAUAGUGGAAAAUAUAAAUAUAAAGCCUGUAGAUAUCAUUUUAUGACUACUCUGUACCGAUUUUCUUAGAAGAUUCCUUGGAUGUUGAGGGUAAACCCAAUUCCCUGUGUGCAAAUGUGUAGCUUUAUGGCCAUCGUUGUUAUGACCAGAGGGAAAACACUACUCACUAUGGAAGCACUACUCACUAUAGGGAAUAAACCAAGAACUCACUCCCUCCAAGGAAACUGAGAGCUCCUUGAUAGGGAAGACUUGAUUCCACAAGCUUUAGGAGGAGAAUUGUUAGCCUGGCUCUUCGGUUUAUUGCUCUGUCUACCUAGGUGGACAUGAAUGAGUUUAGGACCUGUAUAUAAAAAAUAUGCAACCCAAUGUGUGAUGAGGGGAUUGCAUAGAUACCAUGGCCCUUCCCACUUCAUUGAGGGUUUCAAAAACAUACUGAAUUGAUUUUGAAUCCUUAGCUAUGUCAGAGGUAGUGAAGAUCAGGACACAUUUGUUCUUUACACUUUGAUACCUACUGUGUGUGUAUCUAACUACUUUGGGUCUACAACUCGUCCAUAGAUAAGGUUACCAAACUCUGCAGACAUAUUCUCCCUUAUUGGGCCUCUCCAUCCUAAUAAAAAUUUGACUUUU